UGUUGUGAUAAACUUAUUAAAUAGUAAUGGUGGCUUUUGAUGUGAGUAAUUUAAAAUUGCUCUGCCAGAAGAAGAUCACGGAAUGCAUCAGAGCAGUUGGAUCAGGUGAAAAGCAUUUAGUCAUACAGACCACUUUAAUGCGACCUCUGGACCGCAUGUGUGGAGCUGGUUUUUUGAAGUCAUGUGGAAUUUCCAAAAUUUAUAAGCUAGAAGAUUACUGCGCAACAGUGGAUUUUGUCGAGGAAAACCUUCAUGUCCUAUUUCUCGUUCGACCGGAAACAGCAAUAUUGAAAGAAUUCAAACAAUUCGUAGAAAUAGUCGAUGCUCGCAAGCGAGUUGUUGGGCUUCACCUUCUAAUAGUCCCAAAAAUGACCGAAUCAUUUCGAAACCUAAUUGAAAUGGAGGGACUAUUUGACAUCGUUUCUUGUACUGAACUACCUCUAGAAUUUUUGCCGCUCGAUGUCGACCUGGUGUCACUUGAAAUGCCCUCAUUGUAUAAAGAGUUUCUACUGGAUAAAGACUACAGUGGUGUGUCUUUGUUGUCUUCUGCAUUGUGGACUGUUCAGGGCUUCUUCGGUGUGCCUCAUACCGUGUAUGCAAUGGGAAGUCUCUCUAAACUUCUCUCUGAUCUUAUGGAGGCGCAAUUGACUCAAGAUAAACUAGCACAUGAUGAUGGAGACUCAGAUACGGAUAUCGUUUUACUUAUGGACCGCGGAGAAGACCUAAUUUCACCACUUUUAUCGCCUUUGACAUUCCAAGGAGCCUUAGACGACCACUUUGGAAUUAACUGUUGCUACAUGGAGUUCACGCCACCAGCAGUGGAACCUUCAAAAGAAAAAGGAGAUGGCGUUACGACGUCUGCAGCGCCAACAAUUCUCACACUGGGACCUGAAAUUGAAGUGUUCGCCCAAGCUAAAGAUCUACAUUUCGCUCAAGUUUCGGAGUUUGUCAGAGCCAAGCUACAGGAAUUAGAUGAAAUCAAAGAGUCGAAAUCAGGUCUGAAAGGAAUCAGCGACUUGAAAAACUUCGUGGCCAACGACCUCAGAAAGUUUCAAAACGAGUCCAACAUCCUCAAAAAUCUACUUUCUGCAGUUGACAUGGUAAUAGCGGCAGGCAAACAUACCAGGGUGAAACAACUACAGUUAGAGCAGUCUGUAAUCGCGAGCUGUUCUUAUGAUCGAAGCGAUCUAGGUCACUUGGAAAGUAUUUUCUGUCAACAAGUGCCGAUUGAAACAGCAAUUAGAAACAUCAGUCUGUUUUCAGUGGUAGCUGGAGGUCUGUCCUCCAAUGAUUUAAAACUAAUUAAGACCCGUUUUCUGCAUUCUUACGGCUACGAGCACUUAAUUACAUUUAAUCAUUUAGAACAAACGGGCCUCAUUGUGUGCAAUUCAGACCCGUUUUCAAAAAAACUGCCAACUUUUGCAACAUGGGCUAAAAAACUGGCAUGUUUAGCGAAUGCUAAUACAGUUAACGAAGGCCCGAAGUUUGAUAAUCCUUACUAUGCAACAAACGGAGCAUUUUGCCCGCUAAUAUACAAAGUACUCGAGUUUAUCUGCACAAAUAGAUUCGAAGAGUUGACAAGGCUUUACGGAGGAAGUUUCAACGUACGUAAAACACCUUCGCAAGCACAUAGAAGCGAAAAGAAAGUGAAAUCUAUCAUAGUUUGUUUGGUUGGAGGACUGACUUACUUAGAAUGCGCAAUUAUGAGGUUGUUCGCAGUCAAGUUCAACGUCAAUAUUUUGAUAACGACUAGUGGAAUGAUAAACUCUAAGCGAUUCUUAUCACCGAUGAUUGAAAAAAUCUGAAACUCGCUCGUGUUAAAUGAAAUGUAAUUUUUUGAUAAGUAUUUUGCCUGUAAAGUUUAGAUAAAAUUUUAUGUUAAUUUAUCUGUAAAUUUAGAUACAAAUUGUAUAAUGAACUGCAAUCCUUGAUUAUUUUAAAAUCAAAA